CACCAACGCAACUUCGAGUUUACUAAGAGCGCGAAUCUCCCCGCCCGUACUAGUUUGUCCCUGCGGUCGCCUCGUAGCCAACGCUGCGCGUCCUCGGAGUCCCUGCACUGCUAUGGCUACCGGUGGCGGCGUGGCCUCCAGAGAGGGGCUGCGCUACGCCGAAUACCUGCCUCCCUCCGCCCAAAGGCCGGACGCCGACAUCGACCACGCUGCGGGAAGAAGGCUGAUAGCUGUAGGACUGGGUGUUGCAGCUGUUGCAUUUGCAGGUCGCUAUGCUUUUCAGAUCUGGAAACCUCUAGAACAAGUAUUCACAGCAACAGCAAGGAAGCUUUCUUCUCCCAGCUUUUCAUCCUACUAUAAAGGAGGAUUUGAGCAGAAAAUGAGUAGGCGGGAAGCUAGUCUUAUUUUAGGUGUAAGCCCAUCUGCUGGCAAAGCCAAGAUUAGAACAGCACACAAGAGGAUUAUGAUUUUGAACCAUCCAGACAAAGGUGGAUCUCCUUACUUAGCAUCCAAAAUAAAUGAAGCAAAAGACUUGCUAGAAGCAUCCACCAAACUUAACUGAUGCUGACGGGGGUCACCGAAGGAAAAU